AUCACUGCCUUUGCAAUCACACAAGGCUCUUCUCAAGAUACAAACCAACUGACUCGGUACGACCCCGCGCAAGGGUACGAGUUACGCAAUGUCCAAAUAAUCAUCAUCCAGGAUGGAUGCUAUCACUACUAGUCAAGGUAUUUUCAAUAGUAUAAUAUUCAUUGCACCGCAUGACAGGUGUUCAAUUGUUUUGCAAUGCUUUGGUCGGUGCAUUUUCUUGCAUCGUUCAAUGUAUUUCAAUCCGAUUGUUCUGAGAUUAUACUGUCAAAACUUGAUCUAGAUAAUACUAGCGAAAGGACAUGCGUGGCUUUGAUACCUCCCUCUCUGUGACUGGUUUCUAUCGUUGAAAGCAGCACGCCAGAUUUUGCGUUUUGGCUGACUGUCUCUAGUGAUAUCAUACCAUCAAUCCUGUCAAGAUGUCGACCGAUAAGAUUACCUUCUUGACCAACUGGUAUGAUUAGUCCAGUUUUGGCUUUUCUUUUUGGGAAUAGAGAGUUUCAAUCGUGCUAAUAUUAUCAAGGCAUGCUACCCCGUACCAUGCGCCUCUCUACCUUGCCCAGAGCAAGGGCUACUUCAAGGACGAGGGACUCAAGGUCGCCUUACUCGAACCCAAUGACCCGUCAGAUGUGACCGAGAUCAUUGGCAGUGGCAAGGUUGACAUGGGUUUCAAAGCCAUGAUCCACACUCUGGCUGCCAAAGCGCGCAACUUCCCGGUUACCUCCUUCGGCUCUCUCUUGGAUGAGCCUUUCACCGGGGUCGUCUAUCUUAAGGAUAGCGGCAUUACCACGGACUUCAAAACCCUCAAGGGCAAGCGUAUUGGUUAUGUUGGAGAGUUUGGCAAGAUCCAAAUUGAUGAGCUUACUAAGUACUACGGUAUGACUCCUGACGACUACACUGCCGUCCGCUGCGGCAUGAACGUCACCAAAGCCAUCAUUGAGGGCAAAAUCGAUGCUGGCAUUGGCUUGGAGAAUGUCCAGAUGGUCGAGCUAGAGGAGUGGUUGGCAUCUCAGGGCCGUCCCCGUGAUGAUGUCCAGAUGCUGCGUAUCGACCAGCUUGCGGAACUGGGCUGCUGCUGCUUCUGCUCAAUCCUAUACAUUGCCAAUGACAGCUUCCUCGCGGCCAACGCUGAUAAGGUCAAGAAGUUCCUGCGUGCUGUCAAGCGGGCUACUGACUUUGUCAUUGCUGAGCCCAAGAAGGCUUACGACGAAUACGUUGAUUUCAAACCCGUCAUGGGCACUGAAGUCAACCGCAAGAUCUUCGAGCGAUCCUACGCUUAUUUCAGCCGUGACUUGAAGAAUGUUCCUCGUGACUGGCAAAAGGUCACCAACUAUGGAAAGCGCUUGGGAAUCCUGGACGCAUCCUUCCAGCCCAACUACACCAACGACUUGCUUUCCUGGGCCCUCGAUGCCGAUUCCACUGACCCUAUCGGUGACCAGAAGCGUAUGGCUGAGCUUCAGAAGAAGGUUGCUGCCGAGGGUGGUUUCCAGCGACUUGAGAUUGCUGCUUAAUUUCCACCUUGGAACUCGUUCUAGGAUGAUUCGUGCUUACUACUGACCUAAUUCGCUCAUUUGUGGUCUAUCAAAUCUGUAGUUAAUUAGCUGAGAUCAGCCCAGCAAAUGAUUACUACUUAUUUAUUGACAUGGCCUUAUUCUUC